GAAUGUUGUGGUCUUUAAUGAAUCCAAAGGGGCUGACCAAUGAGGUCAACCAGCCAGCAGUUUUAUUUAAGGCUGUAGGGCCUCUGAUGCUCCCCAGCAGCUGUUGUGUGAGUGUGUGUGAGCGCAUGUGCGUGCAUGUCUGAACUUUCCCAUUCUUCUGAUCGUUCAACUUUGUCUGGAAAUCCCAGUCGCAAUGACUCUCCAGUGGACGGCUGUGGCUCUCUUCCUCUAUGGAGAGAUAGCAGUCAACCUCAUCUUGUGUAUACCGUUCAUAUCAGCACAGAGAUGGCGUUUGGUUUUCAGCUGGAGAAUAUGGAACUGGUUAUCACCAUAUCAGAACAAAGGCUUCUUUACAAUGAUCAUGGUCCUCAUUGUUCUCUUCCUUGAUGCUCUCCGUGAAGUGCAGAAGUACUCGGGUCCUGAGCCCAUGCAAGACGCCAAGGUGAACCCCAAUGUGUACGACCACGUCCACAUGAAGCUGUUCAGAGCCCAGAGGAACCUCUACAUAUCUGGCUUCUCUCUCUUCCUCUGGCUUAUCAUGCGUCGGGUUGUCACCUUGCUAAACCAGGUUGCUGUCACGCUGGAGGACAAUGCAGGCCUUCUGACGCAGAUGGGCAGUGCUGUCAAAGCAGCCAGGCAGCACCAGGAGGACAACCUGAAGCUCAAACGAGCUCUCCUAGAUGAUGAAAAAUCUAUGUCAGCAAAAAACGAACAACUGAAGCUGGAGGCUGAGAAGCUGGCAGGUCAACUGAAGGCUGCAGAGGAGGCUGUGCGCAAGUCUCACACUGAAGUGGAAGCCAUGAAAAGGCAGACGAAAGGUCUGGCACAAGAGUAUGACAGACUAUUGAGCGAACACCAUCAGCUCCAGAAUCUCCAGAGUGAUCAAGACAAAAAGGCUCAAUAACCACAGGAAUACACUGACAGGUGUUUUCAGGUGUUGCUUCUCCUCUCUGACUGUGGAUGCCUUUUCUUCUCAUUACACUAGAACUGAGUGCUAUGUGCAAUAGACCGCCACAGGCCAUAUUUGUAUUAUCUUUUACAACUUCAAUUUUCCUUUAAGUCUGAACCGAGGCGAAUGUUUGAAUUGAUAGGAUUAAACAAACAAUGCUACGGUUCAUAGGAUGAACACUAGUUGUUUUUAAAUUGUGAAAAAUAAAAAAGUCUUUAUUUUA